AGUCAAUGUGUUUUAAAAGUACUAGUGUGAGUUGGAGUUGUAAUGUGUAGCUGAGUAGAUCAUGAUCUCGACCUGUACUACCUGAUCGUGAUCCUGAAGCUAAAUUUGGGUAGCGACUUGAAUUUCAUAGCGACAGAGUGAUCAGUUCUUUUGUACCUCUUUCUACAACUACCAGAGUCGUGCACAAAAAAGAAUCAUGGCGCUUCGACCGCCCUCACAUUAUUCAUCGUUGCAGCCGCCGUCCAGGAGGACCAGUAGAGGGUAGUAGAAAGCACGUGUUCUUGUGUGCUGGGUACAAGCCGUGCGACCUCCCCUGAAGUGCUGCUGCUGGCAAUACAGCUACAAAACCACGACAACGACGCAAUCCGAAUCCCAAUCGCAAAGCAAGCAACCAGAAGCAACAAUAAAAACCCACUAAACCAUGAACGCCGUUCUCAACGCCGCGAUCGGGGAGCAGCCCCCGGUGACCCGGGCCUUAUCCAGGAAAAAACACUCAUCUCCAUCCAAUUUGUCAUGCAAAACAUACAUAAACUCCCGUGUUUGUCAUGCAAAAAAUGAAUGGGGAUGGGAUGGGUGUUUUUUCCUGGAUAGGCCUACCUCCUACUCUCCACCUUCCUGAUGGCCCUCUGCUCCCUCGACCUGCUCUCCCCCUUCCAACUGUAUUUGAACUGGCACUUGGUGCUCACGCAGUUCCAGAUUUGGCGAAUUUUCACCUGCUUUCUCUUCUUCGGGACCUUCGGAUUACCGUUUUUCUGGAACGCGUAUUAUUCUGAGUAAAAACGUCCCCGCCCGAGAGUUGUCAUGCAAUUCUGCAUACCAAAAAAGUUUCUCAUGCGGAGCCCUAUGAGAAGCAUUUUCUUUGCGUGUUUUGGAAUUUGUGAUGCCAGAAUCAGAAUGAUAUGCUAGGUCUGUGAUGCUUUUGAGCUAGCUAAACAGGAUUACACUACGAGGACAAACUUGUCAUGCCAGACAACCAAAGCUGUGUUAUUUGUCUAGCAGAUUUCCCAUCUUCACUCUGGUGUGGGGAAGUUUUUAAGCAGGAUACUUAUGUGCUCGUGUUCUACUGCGCGUCGUUGGAGGGGAUGAGCUUCCGGGGCAAGCCCGCGGACUUUCUCUGGAUGCUGUUGUCGGGGAGUUGGUAUGAUCGUGUGCAAAAGUAUCGUACUUGUAUGUCAACUGCAAUCAUGCAUGACAAAAAAAGUUUUUUACCUUACUCACCAUGACAAAUUGACUUUUCAGCUUGGACAAAUUUGUGAUGCGAUUUCCACGUGGUGCGAUGCUUUUGUAAUGCAUACUUGGAUGCUGCUUUUCAUCGCCUACUUCUUCGACGCGAGUUACUUCAUUUCCGGCGCCAUGAUCGACAUCAUGACCUACGUAUGGGGAAGGAGAAAUAGCAACGCAAGGGUAAGUGGUACAACGAGCAGAGCACCUGGCACUUGCUCAAAAUACUAUCCAUACGAUUUUGUAGCUUUUGACACUGGUCGUGCGCCGACAGACUCUAAAUUCAGUUUUUACUAGUUUGUUGCAGUUGCACGUGUUGUUUCUUUUUGAUGCUGUUCUCUUCAUACGUGUAAAACCUACAGAAACAGAAAUCACAAAACCAACCAAAGGUCCACGUGAUUUUUCUCACGGUCCGUGCCCCCUACCUCCCCUGGGCGCUGGCCUUCGUGUCCCUCCUGAUGGGUGCCCCCGUACAGGAUCACAUUUACGGCAUCAUCGUCGGGCACACCUACUACUUCUUCGAGGAUGUUUAUCCGCUGAUGCCGACCUCCAAGGGCUUUCGCUUGUUUAGGACGCCAUGGAUAUUGCGCGUCUUGUGUCAGCAGCAGGAUUAA